CUUUAUAUUCAUUACUUUAACAGUUCUGUAAAAAAGGACAUCUAUCACCCAAAGCCUCUUUUACUUACUUGCGUCGAUACAUUACUUAUCAAAAAAUGAACGUAUCUACUUUCAACCAUGAAACCACUUCUAACCUUGAAAAAGAAAGGCAUUUCCAUCCGGAUCAUUUCAUCGAUAUUGAAGUGAGAGCUCCGCAAACACAUGGCGCUGGACUUCGUAUGUACACUGAUUAUGAAAUUGUUUGCAAGACCAAUAUCCCGCUCUUUCCGUUCAAGGAAUCUACGGUGAGACAAAGGUAUAGCAAGUUUGAAUCGCUCAAGUUCAAAUUAGAGGAGAAUGACUACGAAAUCAAAGUACCUACUUUGCCUGGCAAAGUCUUGACAAACCGACGCUUUUCUAAUCAUGUUAUUGAAGAACGACGACAAAAGUUGGAGAGGUUUCUACAAAUACUAUGCAAUAACAUUACGUUAAUACAAGAGUAUGAAGAAGCAAAAGCCAAUAUGAUCAUCAAGUUCAUUCAGGGCAAAUACUGAUCAUCAUAAGAAAAAAACAAAGGGUUUCUUUUGUCGUAUCUAUUAUUUAUUGUUAUCCAUCCAGCCAUACACAUCAGUAUUUCUUAAACAUCUGAAUAUCGUCUUCUGCUGAUCUUAUUUUUUUUACUAAUUGAUAAUAAGCAGUUAAAAGUGUUUCAAAUUCUUCGUUGCCUUCCCCUUCUUUGUAGUAUUUCGCUAGUUCAUUUUCAGUAUAUUCUAAAGCUUCCUUUGAUUCUUUUAACCUUUUAUCCAAUAUUUUCCUAUUGACAUUUUGAUGGUGGUCAUUUCAGUAUGAUAUCCUUUAGCAAAUAAACAUCCAUUCAUAUUAUCGUUUCUCUGUUACCUUAAAGUUUGCAGUGCAUUUG